AUGUCUGAAUCUGCAAAUGCGAAGCGUCGUCUGCGGCGUAUCCCUGACGAAUCCCGUAAGAGGAAUGCUCAAAGUUGUGAUCGUUGUCGAAAGAGGAGGUGCAAAUGUGUACCUGAUCCUUCGGGCGCAGGCUGUGUGAAUUGUCUUGAACAUAACGCCACUUGCUCGUAUACAGCGCCACGAAAGACGCGGUUUUAUGGGAGUGUUGAUGAUUUGAGUGAUAGGUAUCGAUGUCUCGAAGCAAUUGUCAGAGGCGCUUUUCCGAAUGAAACUCUUGAUCAUGUUAGUGAUCUUGCACGACUGGGUCAGAAGAUGGGGUAUAAAAUGCCUGAUAUUUCUGAUCCUAAUAGAACACACAUGAGAGUUGAGGAUCUGGUGCAGAAUCUUUCUAGUAAAGAACGGACUCCGUCGACAGGCCCGGAUAUCAUCACAGCUGAUUCGAGGGCUGAUGUAUCGCCGAGGAGUUCAAAGUCUCAUAGUGAGGAGCCGCAAUCUUCGCUUGUUAAAGAUAACUCUGGUCAUGAGCAUUACAUCGGACCUUCAGGGACUUUGAACUUCUGGAAUCAACUUCGUAAUCUUGUUGAUUCUAAUAAUAGCCCGCAUCCAUCCCCUGGACGCGAAGGAGCUACCAAAUUCACACAGGAUAAUACUAGUCGACUUUUAGAGGCUGAUGGGCAAGACGAAGAUGAUCAACAACCACGCAGUGAAGCAACACCUCAAGAUGGACCAUCACCUGGAGCCAUUACCUCCGCCAUUGCGCGCGACUUCACACGUCUUCCAACAGCAGACAUGGAUGAAAUCCUCGGUCAAUUUCCUUCAAACGAAGUCCUCGAGUUACUCAUCCAAUCAUACUUCAAGAACGUCCACGAUGACUUUCCUCUCUUUCACAGAGCUACCUUUGAGGAAGAAUACGAAAGCUUCAUCGUCGAAGCGCGCCGUAAUUCACGUCUUCCUUCGACACCACUUCGACUACCCGAUUGGGGAUGGAUAGGCUGUCUUCAUAUGAUUGUGGUAUUUGGGUCUAUCGCUGAUAGGUCAAUACCCAACGUUGAUCAUUCUGCCCUACGACGAAGAUCUAUUGCAGUUGCUAGAGGUCUACUCCCCCAGUUCAUCUCAAAGUGCUCACUUACGAAUGUCCGAGUUCUACUGCUUCUUUCACUGUUUUUGCACAACAACAAUGAAAGAAAUGCUGCGUGGAACAUUGCCGGAACAGCGACUCGAAUAUCCUUCGCCCUCGGUCUUCAUCGAUCAGACAUGAGUUCCUCCUUCAGACCUCUAGAGAGAGAAGUUCGAAAAUGGGUCUUCUGCACACUUUACUCCUUUGAGCAAUUCCUCGCUUCAAGCCUCGGUAGACCUAGUGGCCUUCAAGAACUCGACGUCGAAGUCGUCCCACCGCGCGAAGGCUUUGUAGAAGGAGGUAUAGGAACCGAUGCCAGGCUUGUGUCGUGGUCCGUCAAAUUUCAAGCUAUCCUGGCGCGAACACGUCUUCUGCACGUUGGAAUAAAUCGAAGUUCAGGACCGACGUUGGAUGAGAUCAUGACUGCGCUGAAUGGUUGGAAGAGAGAUAUUGGAAAAGCACCUGGACUCGAUGUUUCGUGGAUUAAAAUGGAAGGGCCAGCUCUGGAGUCUAUUGAUCAUGAAAGAGCUGUGGAUAUGGAAGAACUCAAAGUAUCAUUGGCGUGGAAGACGCGUGCUCAACUUCGUGCCGUGUUACUUUUGCAUAUUCACUUUCAUUACAUCGCCAUCGUGGCUACACGUCCACUUCUCCUUCGCGACGUCGCAGCAGCUCGGAAAGAAGACGCACCAAAAACUCCGGUGCCUACGCAUGCAGCUCUAUGUGUCAAGCAUGCGUGUCAACUGAGUUAUCUGAUGAUACUCCUGGAUCACUUUGAUGUUAUCAACGGUCUUUCUGGUCUUGAUAUCUUUUACGCUUACUGCUCUGCUAUGAUUCUCAUACUGCGGUUAUUACGGUUGCGCCCUGGAGAGGGUGCAGAAAGUAUUGGACCAGAUGAAGUAAUGCUGCAGAACAAAGUCCGACGUCUAGUCGCAACAUUACGAAAUGUCAUCAACCAUACGGAUAAAUGCGGUUCAAUGAAGAGAUUAGCUCAAGUAGUCGACACCUUCUCAGAGUGCGCCAAUAAUCCAACUGAUCCUCCGGGAAUAUCGAAUCUACCUCCGCAGGGGAUCAACAUGAACAAUCCGCCGUAUCCAGCUGGUUGGUCAGCUGAACAAGUACAAGCGCAGCAGGGUCAAGGGAUAGCACUUGGGUCGAUGGAGGGACUCUUGGACUUUUUGCCGUUUCCGGGGUUUGGAAUGGCUGAAGGAUCUAUGGCGCAGUAUGUGCCGGGGAGUGAGAUGGAGAUGACGGGAUGGCAUGAUAUGGAGUUUUUGAUGGAGGGGUAUGGGGAUCAGAGCAGGACAAAUUGUUAG